AUGACUAGCAAUUGCCAAACUUCUGCUACUAGUCACAAUAUCAGGGGUUUAAUCUCCAACGCUGGUGCUGGUGCAGCCGCUGGGGCAAUAGCUGCUACCUUUGUGUGUCCUUUGGAUGUGAUCAAGACACGGCUUCAAGUUCAUGGCCUUCCCCCUGUGCAGAAAGGUAGUGUCAUUGUCACGAGUUUGCAAAAUAUAGUUAGGACUGAAGGCUUCAGGGGAAUGUACCGUGGCCUUUCACCAACAAUUCUGGCAUUACUUCCAAACUGGGCAGUUUACUUCACAUGUUAUGAGCAACUAAAGGGCUUGCUUCGGUCACAUGAGGGUUGCAACGAACUCACAACUAUGGGAAAUAUUAUAGCUGCUGCUGGUGCUGGGGCAGCAACAGCAAUAUCUACAAACCCAUUGUGGGUUGUUAAGACAAGACUCCAAACACAAGGAAUGAGGCCUAAUGUUGUUCCUUACAAGAGUGUUCUUUCCGCUUUGAUGAGGAUUACACGGGAGGAAGGUCUACGAGGACUAUAUAGUGGCAUUGUGCCGUCAUUAGCUGGCGUAAGUCAUGUAGCAAUUCAAUUCCCAGCAUACGAAAAGAUAAAGUCAUACAUUGCCAAAAAAGAUAACACAACUGUUGACAACCUUAGUCCUGGGAAUGUUGCUAUUGCGUCAUCAAUUUCAAAAGUAACUGCCUCUGUAAUGACUUAUCCACACGAGGUAAUACGUUCCCGGCUGCAAGAGCAAGGUCAUGUGAAAAAUAGUAAUGGAUUUCAAUAUGCCGGGGUUAUUGACUGUGCUAAGAAGGUGUUUCAAAAGGAAGGCAUUUCAGGAUUUUAUCGCGGUUGUGCAACUAAUCUAUUAAGAACAACUCCAUCUGCUGUUAUUACAUUCACCAGUUACGAGAUGAUACACAGGUUUUUGACGCGGACUAUACCACAAAACGAGCCUAAAAAACCCAAACCAGAAGCUGGUGAUAUUAAUACUAAAAAUGGCGGUGACAGGGAUCAAUCACCAUCUCAAUCUAACAAGAUUCCUGUUGGAAACAAAGAGCAGCUAACACAACAUUGA